AUGAAAAAUGCUCAGUCUGUUCGGGGCAACCAUGACGAAGCUGUUUUACGAGAAUAUGCAAACAGAGAAAAAGACUCAAAUCAUGUUCUUCGCGAUAAAUACGAAUGGAUCACCGCUUCAGAUAAAAGCGAGAGGGAUUUUCUAACCAAUCUACCGUACACUAUCACUGUCCCCUCUAGGAAUAUAUUGAUUGUUCAUGCUGGGCUGGUUCCAGGAAAACAAUUGUUGCAACAGAAAACGCAAGAUAUGGUCACUAUGCGAAAUGCUUUCUUUACAGACUAUUUUGAUGGUAACGGUUGGCAGGGUACAUCCUCUGGUGACGUAGGUUACCCAUGGGCUUCCCUUUGGACCGGACCACAUCAUGUAUAUUUUGGUCACGAUGCCAAACGCAAGCUUCAACUGUAUGAUUACGCAACAGGACUAGAUACAGGCUGUGUGUAUGGAGGGUGUCUGACUGCUGCAGUACUGGACCCAAAUGUAAAUGUGCCCGUUGAAUUUGUGACUGUUAAUGCACAGGCAAUCUAUCGCCAGAAAUAA